AUGUCGUCUCCUCCUGCGAGAACCAUCUCGCCUGAGCCUACGAGAACCGCGUCGCCUUCGAGGUCCUUUCGUUCCCGUGUGGGAACGAUCAUGCGACGUACUUCCUCUGGGCUUGCGUUUACUAAAGCUGGUUCUCUGUCACGAUCCGCAUCCAAGAGUUCCUUGAAGGUGGACGCAGCGCAGGCGUCGUCGUCCACCCACGACCUCCACUCUGCGCCGAGUCCCGUCAUGGAGUCUCCCGCCCGCGAGGCCGCGGCGGAGAGCGAAGUGAUCACACAUCCUCCAGUAGGCCCUUCUCCACUAUCCAACUCGACCACGGCUCCCGCGGAGCCUACCCCGCAACCAAGCCCUGGGCCCGCCGAACAGGCUCUUGCAGGAGAACCUAAAGAGGUUCCGGUCCUUGCACCUGCACCUGCGCCUGCCCCCGCAGAAACUGUGGAGCAGCCUGAGAGUGCUGCACCAGAGAGCGAUGCAGAGCUGGUUGCGGCACACGAGAUUGAGAUACCUCACGUGGAGAGUCCCGAAAAUCUAUCCGUUGCUUUGGUGCCGUCACCUGCGCUGGUCUUCGUGGAACUUUCCAGUAUUCCGGAGCCUCAGCCUGCCACCGAGCCGAUUUCUGCGUCUCGGUCUAUCGUAGAGGAACGACGUCCUGACUACUUCUCAUGGACCGACGGGCACACCUUGGAUCCGAAUUGGUCAGCGUCUGACAUUGAGGUACACGCGUCGACUGUUCCUGUCCAGGUUACUCCAUCCAGUGGUGCGCCUACCACUGGCGUCUCAUCUGAGACUAUUCGUGCUGCUCAGACUGAUGCUGAAGCAUUCGCAUGGCACGACGAACCCGCCGUGGUGGUAGCGAAGGAAUCAAUGUCUUCUCUCAGUGCGAAGGGCUCCGUUGAGGAACACUCAGUACCACGGUCUGGCCGCAUCUCAUCCAGGGCUAGCAAGUCCUCUAUGGCAUCUUCGUACGGGCAAGUUCUCAACACAGUAGGAAGGCGUACAUCCGUGAAUUUUAAUGGAGGCCGUGGUCGUAGUUCCAGUAUUCGCAUGCCAGUUGAAGAGCCGUACUCCAAUCCUUUCGCUGAUCCUCCGUCGCAAGCUGGCCCAACACUUCCUUCCGCGGAACCUCCGUUGCAAGCUGUCUCAAAACCACCGUCACUCUCUCCCGUCGAGAGUGUACCAGACAAGGCUCAAGUCGUGGUAGCACAUUCACGUAAAGAACCGUCCUAUGCGGAGUUUCCUACCCCAGCUCCGGACUCCUUCCCUCUCCCUCCAGCUCGUGAUGUCAUUGCUUCCAGAUCCUCCCAUACUCCAACAAAGGGCUAUAGCCUUGAUGGAUCGGCAUAUAUGGACCAAAUCCAACACGACACCGACGAAACACGCCCGCUCUUGCCGCGUUCUGUCAGUCCUGCCGUCGUCAAAGCUCCUUACCAGGGCGCACCUGACCCUAGUGGCGUACCAUUCCCAACGAUUGUACAGCUUUCUGGUCCCGCUGCGAGAUAUUCCUAUGAAAGACUCGGCUGGAGCGAAUACGCGCUUCCCGAUAGUACGGUGUACUACGCCAAUUCGGGGAUGCACGUCACAACAGACAUCGACCUGCGCAACGCAAAGAAGUUCAAGGCGGUAGCCGACUACGUUGCCCAGAAGUCUUCUGACGAAUACGGGCUUGCUCCGCCGGGUUGGGAGCUGUGGCUGAGGGAUGCAGGCCUUUUGAAAAAGGACUUCAUGACGGUGAGGAAUUGGGUCAAUCACAAGGCACGCGUCGUGUCAACCGUGCCGCCCCAUGAUGUGUCGUUCGACAACAUCACGGAUGAUGACAGAUUGGAUAUGGAGUAUCGGUAUUGGGUCUUCCUCGAGGGACAUCCAGCUCAUGCUCCGCUUCCUGCUGAAGCUCGUGCGGAAGCCAUGGAUGCCUUGUCUUGGUCAUAUACAGAUUUUCUUCUUCCGUCGCAAAAACCAGUACCUCCACCAUUCUCACCACAAGAGUGUCAAGAACUUAUGAGGCUUCUACGGUCGUCAGAAGAAGGUUCCACAGGUGGAUCUCUCGUUCACACACGCAUCGUCGCUCGAGUGCUACUACGGAAAGUACAAUGGCGUCAGCAUUAUUUCCGUCCACAUAGGCCUCUUCCCCAUGACACGAACAGACAAUCAGCCCUUCCUACACCUCACAGACCUUUCGGUCGGACGAUAGUUGAUUUCUUCGUAUCGUGCCUCUGUUUAGGUAUCCCUUACCUCUUCUUGAACCGCUCGCAUCACCAACGAAUAGACGAAGAGAGCGGUACGCGGAGUGCUGGGUCGAUGCUCAUGGUCGAUGCAUGUGCUUGUCUAGUGGCUGCCGUCAUUUUGAGUGCCUCUGUGACGUUCAUCUCGUUGCCAGGCCUGGACGAUGUUGCGAGACUGGCUGGUCUAAUCGCAAUCUUGUUCUCAGCCUCAAGCAUGAUAUCAACUGUGAUCGCGCUGUUCCGUUACAAGGCGGAGAGAACAGUAGUCUAUGUUGGAGGUGAAGGUCUCAUGAUGUUGUCGACGCGCAGCAUCAUCAUGUCGCUGCCGCUCGUUUUCUUAGCGUGGGCAAUAGCAGCCUUUAUGACAGGCAUCACAUUCUAUUCCUUCCGUGGAGCCACUCUCACAGGACGAAUGGUCAUCAGACAUCCUUUCGAGGCAUAUACGCACUGGGCGGUGGUGGGAACGCUAGGGGGGUUGGGUGGGGUGUUGCUUAUGUGCGCUCUGCUGGCGCGCCGUUGA